AUGACCGGCCAGACGGGAAAGUACGUGGGCCGACUAAAUAAUAAAGUCGUGCUCAUCGUGGGAGGAACUUCUGGCAUUGGUUAUUGCAUCGCAGAGGCCGCACUCGAACACAACGCAAUUGUCACUGUGGCCGGAUCCAAUGCUCUGAAACUGGAGAGAGCAUUAUCUCAACUGAAGUCGUCUUACCCAUCGCAAACUACCGGCUCACAACUACGGGGUGUGCUUAUUGACCUCGCCGAUGCUGAAAACCUCGAAGCCAACGUACAGGAUGUACUUCGGACCGCUGCCGAUGGUGACAAGAUAAACCACCUCAUUAUCACCGCGGCAGAUAUGAUGCCUCCACCUCCUCCGCUGGCCAAGAUCACUGUCCACAGUCUUGAGCGCACUAGCACUAUUCGCUACACGGCACCGUUGAUAUUUGCCAAGUAUCUCCCACAAUUUAUGGACAAAGACUCUGGGAACUCGUUCACCCUCACCAGUGGCACUCAUGGCCAUAAGCCCGAUCCAGACUGGGCUCCCAUCGCUGCUUAUUGUGGAGCUGUGGAGUCAAUGAUGAAGGGUCUGGCUAUUGACUUGAAACCACUUCGUGUGAAUGUGGUAUCGCCAGGAGCCAUCAUGACAGAGGUGGUGCGAGAUAUUUUGGGCCCUCACUACGAUAUGGCUAUUCAAAUGGCAAAGGAAAAGUCCUUGGUCGGUGGCGCUGGAACGCCAGAGAGUGUGGCACAGGCCUACCUGUAUUUGAUGAAGGAUAGUUUCAUUACUGGGACUGUGUUAGAAACUAAUGGUGGUAUGCUGCUAGCCUGA